AUGAUUGAAUGGGUGGUUGAACGUGAACGGAUUGUUCAUGGAAAGAUGAAACGGCAAUCGCAUCCUAGCUUUUAUGAGAAAGUUAUUGAAUACACUAUUAAACUAUGGAAGGAUAUGGAAUCUUACUGGAAUAAUCUUGGAGAAAAUAGUGAAUUGGAUCUUAAAAACUAG